AGUAAACUUAAAACCACAACAUGAAAGAAAUACUGUAUGUACGCCUGCAGAAGAAAAACAACUCAACAAAUUAGACCAAACCAAAUCUGAGCGCACUCCUCACAGGUGUCCAAGGUCUAUUCUGGCGCUGUGCUUUCAUUAGAAGAUUGCAGACGUUUUGAAAUGGAAAGCACAGUCUGGACUCCACGGGGAGGGACUUUCUGGACAUUUCAUGCGCAACAAUCCAUGUGCACAAUUCCAGGAUGACAGCGCACGGCCGGCUCCAGCGCAGCCGAGAUGAAGACAGGGAACUUUCAUCGGACUUGUGGAGUUUUUGCUAAGCCAUAGGAAGCCCCAGAGUCAACUAUCGGAGCGCUGGCGGGAAUCUGACAUCAGCUCAACAGAAAAAAGUUUGGAUCUCAGUUUGGAUCAGGACUGAGGAGGAUCCAGCACGUCCGUGUCCUCGCCAUGCGGGAUUUCCAAACCACAAAAGUGCUGCGACAAGUGUGAAACUCCAACAGGUGAACAUUUGUGAACGUCACCUCAGACUGACCGAACUGCAAAAGACGAUGCGCAAUGAUCCCGACCGCGCGCACAAGCUGGGAUGACGCAGCCAGAGCGCGGAGUCCACGAUGAGAGCGCUCAGUGUGUUCAGCCUGACAGUCCUCCUGUGGCCGUGGAGCCAGAGCAGCAGAACCUGCCCGGACCUGAUCGCUGACAGCUGCCACUGCUCGGCUCACAGGUCCAAGGAUCCGAGCAGGCAGCGCGUCCGAGUCCGGGUGCUGUGCGACGAUGUGGACCUGAUGGACACGCUGCCCGUCAGCGCGCUGCCCAACACGACGGGCUCCCUAAAUCUGAGCAACAACAAAAUCUCUCUGCUGAGGAAUGGCUCCUUUUUUGGCUUGGCUGCCUUGGAAAAGCUAGACUUAAAGAAUAACUUGAUCAGCAUCAUGGAGCCCGGAGCUUUUCGUGGACUUCUGGCUCUCAGGAUUUUGGAUUUGUCCAACAACCGGAUUGGCUGCCUCUCACCUGAGAUGUUUAUUGACCUAAGGAGCCUUUUGAAAUUGAAUUUAUCUGGGAACAUCUUUUCAACUCUGACAGCAGGACUCUUCACGUCCCUCGUGUCUCUGAAAGUGCUACACUUCAGCACUGAGACUCUGUUCUGUGACUGUCACAUGAAGUGGCUGCUGAUUUGGGCUCAAAGCAACUCUGUGAGAAUCGGUAACGACACAGUCUGCGUUUUCCCCACACACCUUCACGGGUUGGUGUUCCACAUUCUACAGGGACAGCAGCUCACCUGUGAUAGUCCCUUGGAAUUACCCCUCUUCCAGCUGAUCCCUUCCCAAAAGCAGCUUGUUUUCCGUGGAGACCGGCUCCCUCUGCAGUGCACUGCCUCCUAUCUGGAUCCAUCAGUGGAGCUGCAAUGGCGUCACAACGGCCACACCGUGACCACGCAGGAGAACUGGGGUGUCUACGUGGAGGAGACCCUACUUCAUGACUGCUGCUUGGUAACCAGCGAGGUGAUCCUCUCCAACAUCGAUGUGAACGCUGCCGGCAGCUGGGAGUGUGUGGUCACCAGUUCACGUGGAAACGCCUCCAAGCAUUUGGAGAUAGUUGUAGUGGAGACCUCUGCCUUGUACUGCCCUUCUGACAGAGCCAACAACAACAAGGGCGACUACAGUUGGCCAAAAACUCUGGCUGGCUCUCUGGCCUUCCAGCCCUGCGCUCUGCCAACCUCUGGUUCCAGCACCCAGAAGGAGAAGAAAGCUUGGCGGCGAUGUGACCGGGCUGGGCGCUGGGCUGAAGAGGACUACACUCAGUGCCCUUACACCAGUGAGGUGACUCGUGGGCUGCACGCACUCGCCCAGAUACCGAUCAAUGGCACAAAUGUCCAGCCCUUAGGCCAGCAGCUGGUAGCCUUCACCAGCAGGGCAGCACACUUCACAGACGUCAUGGAUGUCAUCUUCGUCACUCACCUGGUGGAGCGGCUCACGAGGCUCAUGCAGAAACACAAGAAACUGGGGGAUUACGUAUCAGACAUAGCCAGUAACAUGAUGCUGGUGGAAGAGCACCUACUGUGGAUGGCUCAGAACGAAGCCAGGGCGUGCACCAGGAUUGUCAAGUGUGUGGAGCGUAUUGCUGACUUGGCAUUGACUGGAGACAGUCAGGUCAUUUCAAAGGUGUCCGCUAAUAUAGCGCUGGAGGCCUUUGUGAUCAGGCCCUCAAACUUCCAGGGUUUGUCCUGCACAGCACUGCAGUGGGCCCCCUCAUCUGGCGCCUCGUCCCACACUGCCAGCCUCGCCCCUUCGGAGAAGGACAGAAGCCCGGAGCAGGAUGUCAUGGAGGAGUCUCUGCUAAAUCUGAAAUGUCAGACUGUCAACAGCAGUGCUUCACCAGCCAGUCAACUAAGCAAGAACUCCGUGGCUGUCGCCUCCAUCCAUUUCCCGCUGGCUGGUGCGCCUGUCUCCUCCUCUGCGCUCCAAUCUGUUGAUAACUCCACUUGCAGGCUGCAGUUCAUUGUGUUUCGCAAUGGGAAACUCUUCCCGUGCACAGGGAAUUCUUCCAACCUGGCAGACGACGGGAAGCGGAGAAGCGUUUCCACACCAGUUGCUUUCACCAAAUUAGAUGGGUGCAGCCGGGGGAGCGGCGUGCACUCCGUUACCAUCGCUCUCAGGCACUUCGCUUUGGGUGUAGACCCCACUGCAGCCUACUGGGAUUUUGACCUGCUGGAUGGACACGGGGGCUGGAGGGCAGAGGGCUGCCACAUAACGGGCUCGGGCGGAAGCACCACCACUAUCCACUGCAGCCACCAGAGUAACUUUGCUGUGCUGAUGGAUCUGAAGAAGGUGCUGUCAUUCCCCCCCUACCCUGGGGAGUUUCUGCACCCGGUGGUGUAUGCCUGCACGGCCGUCAUGUUGCUCUGCCUCUUUGCCUCCAUCAUCACGUACAUAGUGCACCACAGUGCGAUCCGCAUCAGUCGGAAAGGAUGGCACACGCUACUGAACUUCUGCUUCCACACUGCGCUGACCUUCGCCGUGUUUGCCAGUGGCAUCAAUCGAAUCAAAUACCCCAUCAUCUGUCAAGCUGUCGGGUUCGUGCUGCACUACUCAUCCCUGUCGACCAUGCUCUGGCUCGGGGUCAUGGCCAGGAACAUUUAUAAGCAGGUGACCAAGAAGCCUCCGCAGAAUCAAGUUAAUGCCCCGCCUCCGUCUUCUAAACAGACCCUGCUGAGAUUUUAUUUAGUCAGUGGUGGAGUGCCUCUCCUCAUCUGUGGAGUGACAGCAGCCGUCAAUAUAGACAACUACGGCAGCGGGGAGCAAGCGCCAUAUUGCUGGAUGGCGUGGGAGCCCAGCUUAGGAGCUUUUUUUGGCCCCGUGGCCUUCAUCGUCCUGGUGACGUGCAUCUACUUCCUCUGUGCUUUCAUCCAGCUGCGGCGGCACCCCGAGAAGAAGUACGAGCUCAAGCGUCUGACUGAGGAGCAGCAGAGGCUGGCCGGCAUCGACAUACCAACCCACUGCCACCAGGGGGCCGAGCCUGGGGCCCUCACAGCUCACCCCAGUGGGAGCAGCUGUCCCGCUGGCUGCCCGGGUGUUCCCAUCAAUCCCGCUCUACUGGCUAACGAGCACUCGUUCAGAGCUCAGCUACGAACAGCAGCCUUCACCCUCUUCCUGUUCCUGGUCACCUGGACGUUCGGGGCGUUGGCCGUGUCUCAGGGCCACUUCCUCGACAUGAUCUUCAGCUGCCUUUAUGGUGCCUUCUCCGUCACCCUUGGCCUCUUCAUCCUGAUCCAUCACUGUGCCAAACGGGAUGAUGUCUGGCACUGCUGGUGUUCUUGUUGUCCCGGGCGACGCCCAGAUGCCGGCUCUGGGGCGCAGGGCUCUGCAGCAGCACGGCCCAAAGUCAACAUCAAUGGAGACACCCCCGGGCACGGACACAGUCACAACCAUUGCCACCAUGACUCCCAGUGUCAGGGUAAAACAGUGAUCAGCUGCAGCCACGGCAGCUUAGGUCACUGCAAACACGCUGCUCUACCAUCCUCGCAAAAUCACCUGACCUGUCUGACGCCAGUGACGCCCUGCUGCGCCACCCUACGCAGCCAGCAGCUGAUGGAGGAGGAGCCUGCUGCCACCCAUGUGCUGCUGCAUUCUGACGCUGAGGGUUGCCGGCCAGGGGUGCAGUUGCACCCCUGCCUAAAGAGCAGCACAAGGACGAAAAGCCGUCAAUUUGGCCGCCGGGCUGGCGCAGCUGCCUGUGGAGUGGCGAGCGAAAGGGAAUACGCCUAUCACAUCUCAUCCAGUGCAGACGGGGGCAGCAUGCACAGCUCACACACUGACAGCCCCCACAGCACACAUGAGCCACAUACCCACAUCUGUCCGCAUUUGGCUCACGAAGGGCACCACGCGUGCCACGCUGCUGCAGCCGAGACUCUGGCUUGCCAUAACCCCUGCCACCGGCACAUCUGCUGUGCCAAGGCUGAUCUUUUUCCCUCUCUGUGCCAGGCAGAGGCCGGAGACACGGGUGUCUUCCUAUGUGGCUGCGGCAAAGUAGCCGAGGAGGAGCCGACACAUCACCAUCUGGAGAUGCACGCCCCGCGCAGACAAUCCUACCCCCAAACCCCCCCCAACCAGAAUGGGAUUCUUAAGGGGGGGCUGCAUGAAGGACUCCUGUAUACGUCCGACAGCACCGGGAAUAUACGCACCGGGCCCUGGAAGAAUGAAACUACUGUGUAGUCUGGAAGUGAAGAACAGGAGAUGCAGGCCACACGGGGCCAAACAGACACGCACCUCCCUUUUAGAGUAAAACAGAGAGAAACAAAUAACAUUUCAAACUACAAUCAGAGCGGGGAAUUGAGGUUUCUUGUCCACACAUUUGAAUAUGUGCUGUUUUACUGUACAGAUACCUGACACCAUGCAAAUGCUCACUGAGAAGCAUCCACACUCUGUGAAACAUGUCACAUCAUGCCAUCAGAUGUAACUGGAGGUCUCUUUCAUAUCAUCUCUCUCUCUAGAUGCAGGAAAAUGAGUGGCUGUGUGUAUGAUAGGGUCUGUUAGUGCUCAAAGGCAGCAAGCUUCAGGAUGUUUUUACUCUCAUCAAUCUAAGCUCCCAUCAGGCUUUAACAGUGAGCCAUCACUACUUUAAAGAACUCUAUUCACCUUCGAAACUACUAAACCAGCAAUUUUAGACUUUUUGUUUGUCACUCACUCAAGCAGCUGUGAACAUCUCCCAGAUAUUUCCUUUAUCUGAUAUACAGAUUUUUCUUGCAAGGGAAGUAAAGUCACAGCAGCAGGAAAAGAAAGCAGAGCUAAGCAUCCUUUUAGUCUGAUAUUGAUCAUGCUGUCCGGAUAAGUCUUCACCGCUGUGACUCCUUUUUCUAAGUGAAAGCAGAGCAAAGCCUACAAGUAGGCAGAGUGUCAGGAGCUCCUGGAUGCAGCGACAGAUCACUGCCAGGCUGUGAUUUCAUUCUCUUCAGCUGCAACAAGAGAAAGUCCCAAUCAUCUGUUAGAUCACACAUAGAAACCUUUCAGGAUCAGAAAAGUGGGAUGAUUUGAAAUGCUUUAGGAAUUGCCUGUCAAUCAGUAUAUGUCCUGGUUUCCAUUUUCUGAAAUAUUAGCCAAAGUCCAAAAAUAACAGCAGCUGAACUAACUCCCAUGUCAUUUUCACUGUCAUUUGUUUGGGUGUACGUGGAUGUAAUUUCAUGUCAGUCCUACUCUUGUAUCAAUCAUUAUUCCUACAGAUUGCAGGAGUAUUUGGAACUGCAGAACUGUAUUUAGCAAGAGUUUGAACUUAGAUCUACCUUCCAGUCCAACCCUGAAAACGUCCUCCUUUAGUAACUUUGCUCUGCUUAAAUAUGGAUCAUUGUUGUAUGAAGCAGGAAGGUCAGAAUCUCACAGGAACUGCCACUGAGAAGAGAAAGAAAAAGAAACUGUACUGAUUUAUGAAAGAUGAUUCUAGCACUUUGGUCAGAACUGGUUAGGCAUUCUAAACAAAAUUUCAGUGACUGAGAAAUAUACCCAAACAGUGCAUAUACUCACACAGAAAAAUGUGCUACAGCCAAGCGGCGUCAGCAGCAUGAACACCAACUCUUAACUCCAUCUUGUGCCCUCUUGUCUUUGUACAUAGAUUUGGUUUUUGGUGAAUUAUUUUCUAUAAGAUAAAAAUGGUAUUUAAUAAUAAAAUAACUAUAUGUAAAGAAAGAUAUAUGGGAGGAAAAUGACUUCUCUAUGUUAAUGCUCAGUAUCUGAGUUUAGAAAUGUCCUCUUUGUUUUCAGAUGGCCUUUUUCUGUUCAUAAAGUAUGCAGACUCGCCAUGUGUUGUGAAACUUCUCUGUCAAUUCAGAAAUAGACACACACGAUACGUAGAACAAUUUGGCCUGCCAGAAGAAAAAGAAUUUGUCAGCAGUAGAGUAUGAUUAGAGCUGUAACUCUAGUUCAGACAGAAACCUGGCUUUCAGGUUGCUGGAAAAAAAAGUUGUAAUAGUAUGACAGCACAUUCAUGCAAAGCCACACCCAAAAGACAGAACGCCGGACAAGGUCAACUUUGCUGUACGACGUGUGUAUUUGCUGGUGGUGUGAUUUUGAAGCAGCCUCUGCUUCUCCUGUGUCUGUGAGAAGAUGUGUGUUCUCAUGGCUGCCAUAGGCCGCCUUUUGUCGUCAUCAGUAGCAGACGUACUGCCCCAAACAAGCUUGAUGGCUUAGUUUCAACUCACCAGACAGCUGCUGGAACAUUCACCUGUGGUACUGUGAGAAAACCUGAAGCCAGUUCUCACUUUUUCUACAUUGACACAGAUUCCAAUAAAUGUAUUUUUUCACCA